AUGCGUUUCUUUGCCCUCGCCAGCCUCGUCGCCGUUGCUGCCGCACUCCCUGCGGCUCUCGCUCCCGCCGAGCAGAGCACCGACCUGACUAGCCGCAGCGAGUCUUUCACCGCUCCGGCCAUCGUACUCGAACGCGCUGCCGGCGGCAACCCCGUCGACCUUACCUACUCCUGGCCGGCCGAUACCAUUUCCUGGAUCGGCCUUGACGUCCAGUUCCAGGCCACCAACCUCGGCAAUGGCAAGUACAGCUUCGAAUUCUGGAACAGCGGCCCCGCCAAUGGCGGCUCCUGGAACUUCCGUGUCUCCAACGCUGGCAAUACCCUGGGACAGAAGGAUGUCGCCCCCGCCUCCCACGCGACCAUCGAGGUCCAGCAGACGGGUUCCAACUUCAACAUCUACAUUCAGAGCGUUUAA